AGAGGAUGACGAUAGAACAGUCGUGUGUAGCAGCGUAAGAUAUUCAAGUGUUCAGUAUGGCAGUAAUAUCCUUCCAGUGUGAUAAUGUUUUAUGGUGGCUUAGCCUAAUCCUGACAGUACAAAGUGCCACCUGUCUGGAACCAGUAUCCUUUUUCACUGCCGUGGGGGCUGGAAUCUCUGCCACAUUCUUAGCUGCUUACAACCCUGUCAAAUGUCGGUUCUUCUCUGAAUGCUGCGUUGAUCGCCACAUAAUGUUGAAUGAGACAGCCCUGAAGUUGUCCUUGGACUCACAAGUGUAUGGUCAGCACCUAAGUAAAUUGGCAGUGAUCAAUCACUUACGUGCCCAUACCCGUUCAGCCAACCCGAGUAAAGCCCUGGCAAUCUCCUUCCACGGGGGUACAGGAACUGGCAAAAACUUUGUCAGCAAGAUCAUAGCUGAGAGUAUUUACAGGAAAGGCAUGAAAAGUAAAUAUGUGCAUCUGAUAUCUGCAACAAAGGAGUUCCCACACAAGGAGAUGGUGCCUCUGUAUAAGGACAAGUUGAAGGAGUUGAUUGAAUCAAGUGUGGAUAAAUGUGAGCGGUCAAUGUUCAUAUUUGAUGAAGUAAUACAUCAUUUUAGAAGGAGAGAAGAUAAGUGUCUUUCUGUGGGUUUAGGAGUGCUAGAAUACAAAUAUAUAUAUCUCUUGUUAUAUGAGUUCUCGAAUUACAAUCAUUUUAGAAGGAGUGUGUUUUUGUUCCACAGUAACACAGCUGGUAAGGCCAUACUGACUAAGACACUUGAUCAUUGGAAGGAGGGACGAUCACGGGAAGAACUCACCUUGAUGGACAUGGAGAAAUUGAUAACCCAGGCAGCUGUAAACACUAAAAACAGUGGAUUAUGGCACAGCGAGCUGCUCCUGUCUCACAUGAUCUCUGCUCAUCUUCCCUUUCUACCGAUGGAGCGUAAACAUGUUAGGCAGUGUAUAAAAGACAGUCUCAUCUCCAAGAAAUAUUACCGUAAUUAUGAUGAUAUUGAGGACAGAAUUGUGAGAGAAAUUGCUGAUCAAUUACCAUACUUUCCCGAAGAUGAGAAAAUGUUUUCUGUGACAGGUUGUAAGCGAGUACCAGAGAAAGUGGACUUUAUUAUGGCAGGAUAUGAGAGUAGUUUACUAUAAAGCUGGAAUGAAAUUUCAAUUUCAGCUGUAAUAUGUUGUGAAUGAUACUUUAGAUGUUGCCGAUGGAUAUUUGAUAUAUGCUAUUUUUAACUGAUCUCUGACAUGACUAGUGCUGUUGGCAUCAAUUCAACAGAAAAGCUUCCAUUUAAUUGAUUUCCUGAUGUUCAUCAUAAAUAUAUGUACAUUGUAUACCAGACUAAACUUUUUUAUGCAGCUAUCUGAGGUUAAGCCUAGUGUAAAAUAGCUGUUGUGUGCAGCCAUUAGUCAUUUGUAUUAUCUGCUCAGCAUUUACAUUUUUUCUUAAAUAUAAGUCAAAUUCAGUAGAAAGUUUCUACGAACCGUGAUAAGCUAGUAUUGUGACUUAUAUUAUUGACCACGGCCUUGUGACCUUUGGCCUCACCGACUCUGUGGUCUUAUUGACCUUUGACCUCAGCGACCUUGUGACCUUUGGCCACAGUGACCCUGGGACCUUUGGCCUCAGUGACCCUGUGGUCUUAUUGACCUUUGGCCUCAAUGACCCUGUGGUCUUAUUGACCUUUGACCUCAAUGUCCCUGUGGUCUUAGUGAUCUGUGGCCUCAGUGACCUGAUGGGCAGAGAUAGAAAAAAGAGGCCAUACAUCUUCAUGUGGAUUUGAGAUUGUUCAUUAAGAACAUUCCUUAUUUCCAUCAAAUGGAAAUCUUUGAUAUUUAUUUAUGUGUAUUGUUUGGUAGUUAAGUGAAAUACAUGCUGAUCUCAAGGAAUGUUUAAAUAAAGGUUUAAAACUCAUCAAUGUUCCAGAAUGAAAACCCUGAAGUAUGAUGUAUGUAGGAUUUAUCAAAUGUGAAUCCAUUGUGAUGGAACUUGGCAUGAUAGACAUAAAGAUAUGAGAGAGCCCACAAAGAUCAUAUAUCAACUUUGACGUUGGUUAUCUUUUUCUACACAUAUUGUUUGUGAUAUCACAUCAAUUUGGUAUCGCCUCAGCACAUGAGAAUCACAGAGGAAAAUCACAGCUGAAGUCACCUAGAUAACUUACUCAUUUGCUGUAUCAAACAAGCUUUAUUUGUUAGUGCUUUUCAUGGUGCUUUAAAUGUAAUCAACAAUGAGAUUCAUUCUGCUGUAGAUUAUGUUCAGUAUAAUGUUACUACUGUUUAGC